GACACAGUGACGGAAAAAUUGUUUGGACUGCCAUAAUUUGUUGAAUUUCAUUUUGAUUUUGCAGUUCUUAAAAGAGUUUAAGAAGGGGAAGUUGAAAGCUUUUGAAUGGCUCCUAAACAGUGUGAAGUCUGCAAAGAGGCACAAUCUAAAUACAAAUGCCCUGCAUGUCUUGUUCCUUACUGCUCUCUUGGUUGCUUCAAGAAGCAUAAAGAAACCCCGUGUGCCAAGCCAGUAUUUUCACAGGAUAACUUGAGUAAUAAUACUAUUACUCAAGUACAAGCCUCUGAUCCAGGACCGCCUCAAAAUAGGCCAUUAAUUGCAGAUGUUACAAGUGAGUUGCUGCCAAAACCACUACCGGAGGCUUUAGCUUCUGAUCUCGAACCACCUCAAGGAAGGCCAUUAAUUGCAGAUGGUACAUGUGAGAAACUGCUAAAACCACAACUGGAGGCUAUAGCUUCUUCUGCUGAAAUUCGCAGUGCACUGAAGGAUGAAAGUUUUCGAAAACUUAUAUGCAGUAUCGAUGGUGCUUCAGAUCCUGAAAAUGAGCUUGAGAAAGCUAUGGGAGCGGAAGCAUUCCGUAUCUUUACUGACAAGAUUCUAUCUGUUAUGGAUCAAUAACCUCAAGCAUCCAGACAUUACAGUACAUGCACGUCUACAGUUUGUGCAAUGCGCUUCUUCAACUUCAAUGUAUGUAUGUAGCUUUCAAUUCUUAUAAUACUCACCUCUGAGGCCAAUCCACUGUCUGUCUACUUUACAAUUUUGUCGCUCAAAUAUUAUCGCAAGCUAGAAGAGAAUGAUGCUGGUUCGAUGGUUUAUCGUCUUGGUAGUUUACGCAAUAGUUGUAGUGCCCCUGCUCACAGUGAAUUUGCAGUUUGAACCAUGAGUUUUAAGUAAGUAGAUAUUUGUUCUUGAUA